AUGAAUACUCUAUUAUCCAAAGCAUCUCUGGGCGCCGCACUGCUCGGCUUAUCCACACUAUGGGCUGGACAAGCAACAGCCGCACCCAGGGCCGGAAUGUUCUUCGUCUGGGACACCUUAAUGCCCAAAGAUCCGUCGAUAAACCGGGACUUCCCAGAUCCAUCAAUUAUCCAGGGUGGUGAUGGCUGGUACGCCUUUGCGACAAGGCCGGUUGACGGCAGCCAAAGAAACGUCCAGUGGGCAAAAGCGACAGACCCCGAGGGACCAUGGACAUAUAUCGACUCAGACCUCCUGCCUAAUGCGGGAGCAUGGCAAGACAAUGAGAACGUCUGGGCCCCGGAUGUGCGCCAGGUCGCCGACGGGACGUACGUAAUGUACUAUGCGGCGCAGCUGAAGAACAGUACCCACCAUUGCAUCGGCGCGGCGACAGCAGACAACGUCACGGGGCCGUGGACGGCCAAGGACGAGCCGUGGGCGUGCGACCUGGCGGAGGGCGGCUCGAUCGACCCGUCCGGGUUCUACGACGAGGACACGGGGCGGCGGUUCGUGGUGUACAAGAUCGACGGCAACUCAAUCGGCCACGGGGGCGACUGCAACAACGGCGUGGAGCCGAUUGUGCCGACGCCUAUCAUGCUGCAGGAGGUCGACCAGGACGGGAUCACUCGCAUCGGUAACGCGACGCAGAUUCUGGACCGGACAGACGCCGACGGCCCGCUGGUGGAGGCGCCGAACCUGAUCAAGACCGACGAGGGCACGUAUGCCCUCUUCUACAGCAGCUGGUGCUAUACCGACACGCGGUACGACGUCAAAUACGUGCUCUCCAAGUCGGUGGAGGGCCCGUACAAGAGGACGCGGUCGCCAUCGCUGGUCGAGACCAAUAAUUUCGGCUUGACGUCGCCCGGGGGCGCGACGAGCAUCAUGGGCGGCGGUUUAAUGGUGUUCCACGCCAACUGCGACGCCGAGACCGGGGCUCGAUGCAUGUACACUGCCAAUUUUACCGUAACUGGCACCAACGUGCUCGUGAACUGA